AUGAGUGCAAUACCCUCGCUCUCUUUGCAGGACAUGGAUGCGUCACAUCUUGAUGACAAAAUGGACGUAGCUUCGUCGCCAUUUCGACCGCCUGACGACUUCGAUGUCGACCUGGAUUCAGUUCGUGAUCCUUCCGUAAUAGAGUCUUUGCAUGAUGACAUGGUCGAUGACCCUGAGGAACCUGCAGACGCUGGCAACGACUUAAUGCAGGACCAGAUUGACGAAAACUUACCUGAUGAUUUCAUGAUCGAUGAGCCAAUCUCAUCUGCUCCUACCCGACAGACUGAUGUUGAUUACAACAUGGACACCUUUAUCGACGGAACCCAGGCUGAUGAAGACGAGGAUAUCUUGUACGAAGAAGAGGAUGUUGAGCCUACCAUCCAACAAGGAGAAGAUACAGUUGAAGUCGUCCCCGACGGAGAGCAACACAACUAUCAGCAGGAUGAAACUGAGGUCAUCUUGGCAGAUUUUGAGGAACAGCCUGUUCCGCCAGACGAGACCAAUCCAGCUCCCAUCGAGGAAGAGGUUGGGCCCACCGAACAAAUCCCUUCCACGGUUGAAGGCAUCGAAAAACCAAAAGAAUCAUUUGAUAUGGCUCCGAUUUCAGCUGGUGAAACACUUGAUCAAGGCGUGGAGCAAAGAGCAGGCCAAGGUGAUUUAGAACACGGCCCGAUCGAUCAGGGCCAGGUUGCUCGUCAGGAUUACCCUUCACUCGAUGACGAUCAGACGGAACAAGCGGAAACUACAGAUCAUCUCCUAGAGCCUCAAGACACUGACCAACUGCAAGGAGAUGAUCAGCAAAUUGUAGGGACCGAGAUGUCGAUACCACAUGACACCGUCGAGUCCGCUGAAUACUCGCAGCACGAGGACACGGAACCAGUUGGCUCAGCUCACGACGCCUCCUCUCAGACCGUGCAUCCUGUUACACUAGUUUACCUGGAGGAGGAGAUGUCACUCUUCCCCCCCAUGGUCGGGGAUGGGUCCAACAUUUACUUUUUGCAAGACUCUUCACUUGCCUUUGAACCCCUCGACAAGUUACUUGCGGCAUGCCGUGAAAUCUUAGCCGGGACGCUAGAUCAUCAUGAUGAGCUGGUGCUUGAUAUACCUGGCCUGGGCCUCCACAUUUGUGAAGAUUCCAAAUAUGCGGCUCAAAUCACAUUGUCACAGAUUCUCGACGUAUAUUUGCAUCUCUGUCACAAUGACCAAGGCCACGACGUGCAACCCUUGUAUUGUCACUUGAGCAGCCGCGUCAGUCUGGCUUCGCAAUACGCCUAUCUCUCGUCCGCAGGUGUCGAGGGUAAGACAUUUUCCGAGAUAGCCGCAGGCCAUUUGGACACGCCCGGUCCUGAGGGUGAUCAGAAUGACGCUGCCGAUUAUCAUCGGCAACCGGAGGAGACUCGCCAAGAAUCACCUGUCGAACAUCACCAGGCCGUGGAAGAAAAUUCCAAGGAGGAACCCACUGUCUCUCAACCUGAAAAUGAGGAUGACACCGAGAUAGCUGCCGGCCCACAAGACCUUUCCAAUAAUGAGACGACGACUGAGGAGAUAGGCCAGUCUGCCGACUAUCUGGCUAUUGAAGCUUCACCCAAUGGAUAUACCGCUGAAUUGGACCGUUCCGAAACUCUUCCGGCCGAGGGAGAGCCGGAGCAAACAGCCCCAGAUGAAAAUGGCCAUGUAUCUAAUAAUGGUCACGAUCAAACAGAAGACCAGAUUGACGAUUUUGGAGCCCACUCUCUAGAGCAAGAGCAGUAUCCCGAGGAUCUGGAUCAUCAGCAUGUUGAAGGUCAUGAAAACGAGACCAGUAGUUCACACACCGUCGAAGCUGAUGCCGCAGAUACUGGCACUCGGGAACUUGAGGACGACGAGCUCGAAGUGGACGAAGGCCCCGAUUUCGUGGAUCAGUCAAAUGGGCUGGCAGACGGUCUCUUGGGGCCGGAUGAGGGUUCUCCUCAACCAGACGUAAACCCAGAGUCGUACAGCGAUGAGGAGCUCUUUGCUCCAGGCGAAAACGAAAAAGACCUGUCUGAAGACGCCUCGAAUGCAAUCCAGGAUGAGGCCCAAGUUGCAACUUUGCCGGAUACAAGUGAGCAAGACUCCUCCCAGAAUGAUGAUUGGGUUUCGUCAAGUAAUAUUCCUCAAUCUGGGUCGACCCAGUCUCAACCCGCAUCGGCAGCUGAUUUGCAGCCCGUGAGUGUUGAAAGCCCUCCUGUGACCCCAUCCAAGCGGAAACAAGCGAAGCGAAAGGCGGAAGAUGAUGAUGAGCUCUAUCUCCUGGACUUUGAUACCCCCGAACCAAAGCGCCGAAGGCCUUCCUGA